GCUAACGCUACGUCACGUCAAAAAUUGUGUCACCCAGUGAGUAAUGCCCGAUCGUGUCAGGAUAUACGUAAACAAAGCCGCGCGAUUUCAUUAAAAAAGCACCAUUCGAGAUGUCGAAAAAACCUACGGUGCAAACCGCCCUCCACAAGGUGAUCAUGGUAGGAAGCGGUGGAGUGGGCAAGUCGGCCCUUACGUUGCAAUUUAUGUACGAUGAGUUCGUCGAAGAUUACGAGCCGACCAAGGCGGAUUCCUAUAGGAAAAAGAUCCUGCUGGACGGCGAAGAGGUCCAGAUCGAUAUCCUGGACACCGCGGGCCAAGAAGAUUACGCCGCGAUCCGGGAUAAUUAUUUUCGAAGCGGCGAAGGCUUCCUGUGUAUAUUCUCGAUAACGGACCACGAAAGUUUCCAGGCAACCCACGAGUUCAGAGAACAAAUACUCAGGGUGAAGAACGACGACAAUAUACCCUUCCUGCUCGUGGGGAACAAGAGUGACCUCGACGAUAAGAGAAAAGUGUCGUUGCAAGAGGCCCAAGAUAAGGCCAGUUCGUGGGGCGUGCCUUACGUCGAGACCUCGGCCAAAACGAGGGAACACGUCGAUAAAGUGUUUUACGAUUUGAUGAGGGAGAUACGGGCGAGGAAAAAGGAAGAAAAUAAAACGAACAACGGCCGGGGUAAGGAUAAGAACAAGAAAAAGAAACUCAAGUGUACGAUUAUUUAAUGUCUCCUCUCGGGAGAGGAGAGCUUUUGCCCUGCAACCAAAUAGACAUUUGUGCAUUUAAGGUUAAGAAAUAAGGAAACACAGAAUUCGUGGAUUGUAUAUUUAUUUAUAAUAUAAUUUUUUUAUUUGAACAUCACCGUAAUUAACUUAGGUUCAGUCGUGUUGUGCGGGGUCACACAUUCCGGAUAUCACUCGCUUCUACAAGCCAGGAGUAUAAUAUAUAUUGAUUAUAAUCAUAUUAUUAAAAGUUUAAUUAUAUCGUACUGUGUCUUUAUACUGUAUAAUGUUUCAAGGUACAAAAUAAAGUUGUAUUUUAUAA